CAGAAUGACAUUUCAAGUGAUGAACAAAGGGUGGAUGAUGAAUUAGCAGGUGAAUUGCAACAUAGCAAAGGCCUCUAUGAAGAAUUUAAUCCUUCUGAACUUAGAUUAAAUGUUGGUGAUUAUGGGCAAGGAACAUCCAGGGAAAAUGAGGAGGAAAACCCAUGUGAUGAAAAUGAAUCGGGCGAGGAAGAGUUUCUCGAUGAAAAUGAAACAAACGAGGAGGAGUUUCUCGAUGAAAAUGAAAUAACCGACGAGGAAGAAUUGAUGAGUGCCUAUGAAUCAAAUGAAGAGGAUUGAAUUGUUGUUUUCCUUUUAAGUUAUAGUUGUUUUUAUGUUGAACCUUAUUUUCUGUUCAUCUUUUUAGUCAUUUGUUCACCUUUUUUGUUACUAUGUGUUAAGUCUGAAGUUUGUAAAGUAAAUAAGCAUAUUUUGGUUAUCUGGAGGAAGAUGAGUUAAAUUUGACAAUUGUUUGAGCUAUGUAUUGUAGAUCAUGUAGUAGGUUUCAAUCAUGUGUAAUGUUUCAUACACGUAUCUUUUGCUCUAAUUUGAGCUUUGUAAA